CCGAGUUUGAGCCACAAACAAGUUGCUUGUGACGUGUCGAAACCAUGUCGUCCCGCCAGGUGCUCAUCCUGGCCAUGGUCGCUGCGCUCCUUAGCGUCGCGAUGGCCGCGCGCACGGCCGUCUUCCUCGACGAGGCCGAGACGCCCGAGACGACCGAAGCCUCGGCCUUCUUGGCGCAGCUCUCGGCCCGCGGCCACGAACUGAGCUACUUUAACGAGAAGAGCGCCGGCUUUGCGCUCAAAAAGUACGGCGACGCGCUCUACGACAACGUCGUGAUCCUCUCGCCAACGCUCAAGACGCUUGGCGCCACGACGCUCGGCAAGGAUGCGCUCCUGACCUUUGUGGAAGACGGCGGCAACGUCAUCGUUGGCGGCAGCAUCCGCCUCUCCAAGAUGUUGCGUCAGUUUGCGCUCGAGUCGGGUGUCGAGUUUGAGAAGAAGGGCACGAUCGUCAUGGACCAUGUCCAUCACCUUGCGGACCCGGCGGAUACGUACCACUCGCUCAUCGCGACGACCAAGUGGAUUGACUCGAGCAUUGUCGUCAGCGACAAGGUCCUCAAGGCGAAGAAGCCGAUUGUCUACAAUGGCAUUGGCAUGACGCUCGAACCCUCCAACAUCCUCGGCUUCACGGUCUUGUCGGCCGAGCCGACCGCCUACUCGGCCGCGCCCACCAAGGAGAUCCGUGAGUCGCACGAAGUGGUCAUUGGCUCCAACGUCGGGCUCGUCACGGCCAUCCAAGCCCGCAACAAUGCGCGGUUAAUCUUCACCGGGUCGCUCGACAUCUUUAGCAACGCGUAUGUGACCUCGGACACGUACGGCAACGGCGCCUUUGUCGCCGCCGUGAGCGCGUGGGGCCUUGGCGAGCGCGGUGUUUUGCGCGUCUCGAACGUCCACCACGCGCGCAAAGACGGGUCGCUGCCCGACAAGAUGCUCAACGAAGUCGAGCGCCCGGACCAGCCGCUGACGCUGUACCCGGACGCCGAGGUCGCGCGGGACUCGCUCGUGUACCGCAUCAAGGACAACUUGACGUACUCGUUUGACGUGGCCGAGCUCAAGCACGGCGCGUGGGCCCCGUUCGCGGCCGACGACGUCCAGCUCGAGUUUGUCAUGCUCGACCCGCACGUGCGCAAGACAAUGACGCACAACGGCGACGGCCGCUUCAGCGUCACGUUCACCGCGCCGGAUGUCUACGGCAUCUUCCAGUUCCGCGUCAUGUACCGCCGCAUCGGCUUCUCGACGCUGCACUUUACGACCCAAGUGUCGCUGCGCCCGUACAAGCACGACGAGUACGAGCGCUUCAUCCCCGCGGCCUUCCCCUACUACGCGUCGGCGUUCUCGAUGAUGGCCGGCGUCCUCGUCUUCAGCGUCGUGUUUUUGUAUGGCAGCGACAAGUAGAGACGACAGCGAUCGCAUCCUAAUUCCAAUACACUGUCUUGCCCGCUGGAUCCUGUGCCG